ACUGCCAAUAAACAACGAAGAAGAAGAAGAAGAAGAAAACAUAAAGCGCCACAUACAGGAUGUAAUGAUUAGUUGGAUAAUGUGUUUUUUAAAACGGAUCAUUGUAUUACAAAGUAAAUAACUGACAUCUCUGCGAGACCAUCAAAUAUAAAUGAGCAAAAUACUUUUCUGAUUCACUGUAUAAACGUGAAUGUCACUCUGUGAACACGUGAACUGUGCUGCCCUUCAGGAGCGACAGCUGGAUUGAAGUCAUUGAUUUGCAGAGCUGUCACUUCAACCUCUGUUCUUGGCUGAACCGUCUUUAAGAUCAUCGUUACCAGCAGGGCAAGUGUUGUCACAGCUUGCAAGACAUACAGCCUUAACUCAGGAUGCACCCGGAUCUGUCGCCCCAUCUACAUACUGAGGAGUGCAAUCAGCUAAUAACACUUCUCAAACAGUGCCACAAGGAGCAUAACGUCCUCAGGUUCUUUGGCACAUGUAAUGAUGUGGACCGUGCAAUGCGGGACUGUCUCAAGAAAGAGUACAAGGCAAAGAGGAAUCGCAGCAAGGCCCACGCAGAAGAAAUGAGACAGCGUUUAAAGGAACAACCAAAAGAGCAUCCCAGUAUCAAACAUCACCCCCAUGGAGAACAAAACUACUCCAGACAUGAUCUAGCUUCUGGUGUUCUUAGGGUGCCUGGACACUUUAAAUCUGAAAUACUUUUUUAUGAGGAUUAAUUUAUCAUGAAGCUUGCAGUAAAUAAGGCAGUUGAGUGAGUUGUCUGAAGGUGAAGCUUUACAAUGAUAGACAUUGUACGUUUAUUUAAUAAUGUUUAAUUGCAGAAUCUGAGCUGUAUCCCAGAUGUGACCUACUGAUCAGGAGAGUGGGUCUGAAACAAAAUUCCAAAAUUGUGACUGAUUAAAUUCCAGUGUAAAAAAUAAAGUUAAAAAUGAACAUUG